UUGUCUUUGUCUUUGUUUUCGUAAUUCCUUUUUGCUUUCGCUGACUAGUGACUAGUGACUUUAAUUUAAUAAAUUAUUGGUGAUUGAUCAACGAUCAUUACUAAUUUGGUUUACCUUCUGGUAUUACGUUGUAUCGAAACCUAAACGAUUGGUCGCGAGAUUUUUAUCCAUCAUGAAAAUAAACGGUGGAUACAUCUUAAAUCUGUGAUCGAUGUGAUUACUAAUCCGCAUUAUAAGAUGCAUGCAAUGUUAUAAUAAUUUAUGAGGAUUAAACAGCAAUAAUCAGCUCAAAAUGAAACUCUACCUGGACGAAACGUGCCGAGUGAAUUUCCCUGGCGACACCAUUAAGGGUAUACUCUGCGUACGCGAAUGCCUUGAUGUCGGUCUUGAACCCAAGAUAAAGGUCACUGGUUUCACGUGUAUAUGGAAACUGGGUGUCUCAAAUACUGUGGUGAACAAUGGUGAAACCGAAGAAUACUCGGUGUUCUUCAACGGGAUGGCAGUUCUGAGUAAAGAAGACGACACACAUAAUAUGGUUGAUCUGUCACUGAUUGAUGAAUUAGAAGGUUAUUCCAAAAUAUUUAAGUUCCACAUUGUUUUGCCGAACAAUUUACCACCAUCACAUGAAGUCCCAUUUGGUCAUACAAGGUACAACAUUGAAACACAAUACAACGGUUUAACCACUCUACACCAUUUUAGUGUGAAUCAAUGGGUUGGUUUGAAGAAACGUAAUGAUGCUUCCGUUAAACAUGCAACAUUUUCUGUGCCAUUCUAUGCAUUUUGUCAAUCAAUUGAAAUUAUAUUAAAUUUAAACCAGUCAUAUUACUUACCAGGUGAAACUGUUUAUAUAAUAGCUAUGAUACAAAACAAUUCUAGGACAGAUAUAAUUUUCUCUAAAAUACUCAUUGUUCAGAUUACAAAGUACUGGAAGACUCAUCAUCUAUUACCAAUAAAACAUGUGAGAGUAAUUGCAGAAGGAAUACGAGGAUACAUACAAAGUGGAAAUAAACAAAUAUGGGAUAGUCAUCCUUUAAAUUUACCAGCAAUUAUUCCGACUACAAAUACAUCUGACAAUCCAUUUAACUAUUUUGAAGUCAAGUAUAAAAUUAAGAUGCUUAUUAAAUUGAAAAACUCAAAUAAGAAAAUAGUGUUAAAACAAAAUUUAUUUAUUGGUAAUUGGGAUAAAAGUAUUGCUUCCAGCGGUAAACAGUUUAUGGACAUACUGCAAAAUAAUGAUUGCUCGACUCAUGUGGUUGGAGUUAAAGAUUGUUCUCUACUUAAAGCAGAAAACAAAGACAUUGACUUCAUACCAAACUAUGUGAUAUAUGAGAAAAGUCAAGAAUAAGAUUAAGUACAUUAGUUAAAUAUAUUGUAUAUUAUUUAAAAUAAAAGGAUUAUGUCAAUACAAUGUUUCACUUUAAUAUUUUUAUA